AUGUUGAAGGCAGUGAUCCUGAUUGGAGGUCCCCAGAAGGGUACCAGGUUUCGGCCUUUAUCUUUUGAGGUUCCCAAACCUCUGUUUCCAGUGGCUGGAGUUCCGAUGUUACAGCAUCACAUCGAGGCCUGCAGCAAGGUGCCCAAUCUGAAGGAGAUCCUCCUGAUCGGAUUUUACCAGCCAAAUGAAGCUCUCAGCCGUUUCCUGGUCACAGCACAGCAGGAGUUUAAAGUCGCUAUCCGGUACCUGCAGGAAUAUUCAGCUCUGGGCACUGGCGGUGGCAUAUAUCACUUCCGGGACCAGAUCCUCUCCGGCGGGCCACAGGCAUUCUUUGUCAUGAAUGCAGAUGUGUGCUCGGAGUUCCCUCUCCUGCAGAUGUUGGAGUUCCGGAAACAGCAUGAAAACACACACAGUUACAUCAUGCUGGGGACAACGGCAAACCGGACGCAGUCCCUGAAUUACGGCUGCAUUGUGGCAAAUGCAGAGACUCAAGAGGUUCUGCAUUAUGUGGAGAAGCCCAGUACAUUUGUCAGUGACAUCAUAAACUGUGGGAUUUACCUUUUCUCACCAACAAUAUUCCAGCACAUCGCAGAGGUUUUUCAGCGCAAUCAGCAGGAUGUACAGCUUCUUUAUUUUCUCAGUGAGGAGAACUCGAGUUGGCAGCGGGCUGAGGUUAUUCGGCUGGAACAGGACGUAUUCACCGCUCUUGCUGGAAGAGGCCACCUGUAUGUCUAUAAAACAGAUGGGUUUUGGAGUCAGAUUAAGUCAGCAGGCUCAGCUAUUUAUGCCAGUCGAUUGUACCUGAGCCAGUAUCAUACAACGCACCCAGAAAGGCUCGCCCAAACCAAGGAGGGAGGACCGACAAUCCUAGGUAAUUUUAUACAACAUAAACUAUAUAAUUUCUUCUCUUCUUCACAGCUGGGUCCAAACGUGUCAGUUGGAAUGGGAGUGACUGUAGGCGCUGGAGUGCGGGUGCGAGAGUCUAUUAUCUUACAUGGUGCUACAUUGCAGGAUCACAGCUGUGUAUUGAAUACCAUUGUGGGCUGGGACAGCAGCAUUGGACGCUGGGCUCGAGUGGAAGGAACACCCAGUGACCCCAAUCCUAAUGACCCGUAUGCCAAAAUUGACAGUGAGACCCUCUUCAGGGAAGGGAAGCUUACCCCAUCCAUAACUAUUCUAGGCUGUAAUGUGUCCAUCCCUGCAGAAGUUGUCAUAUUAAACUCCAUCGUCCUGCCACACAAGGAGCUGAGCCGCAGCUUCAAGAAUCAGAUUAUUCUGUAA